UGCUCAUAUUUUCUGUACUUGUUAGAUAGAACGGAGCACUUUAGUUUAAGGCAUGUUUGCGAUUUUUUUUACCGGAUUGGUAAAAGCGUAAAGCAUGCGACCUAAAAUGCGAUUUACUAUUCUUAUAUUACCUGUUAACUUUACUCUUUAUUUUAUGGAUCAUAAAAAAAUGGAGGUGAACUAGUCGUACAAAUGAAGAUAGGCAUUCUCUAUGAGAUGUUAAUUCCAGAAUUUUACAUGUUAGACUGCACUUUACAGUCUAAAAUUAUUGUUUUUUGAGUAAGAGGUAAAUCCUCGGUUUUUAUGUUCAUAGAAUAUAAAACUCAGUUUGGUUAUAUUUUUGUUUUCGUCGGUGAUGAACUAUUGAUAAGUUCUCGAUUGCGUCAUAAAAACCUAUAGCUAUGUUGUAGUGCGUCUCCAUUAUCCUUAAUAAAUUGGGAAAUAUUUCAAGGUAAUCAAGUACUUUUUUUAAAUGCAGUACAAUGAUUGAACUCAACAAAUAACAUGGAUGGUGAAGAAUUCAACCUCCGCUGGGAGGAGGAGGUUGUUAUAAAGAAUAGUCCCAGUCAUUCCAGAGCAGAUGGACCUAUAUGUUCCAUAGAAAAUAUUCAAAGCUAUGGAAAUAUGCAAUCAGAAAUCGACCAAAUAGCUGCCGAGAAUUUGAUGUAUCUUGCUCAGGAUGUUGUCAGCUUUGUUGAUCCUGAGCUAGACCCAAAUGUGGAAUGUGUAACCGAAGAAGUUAUCACUGACGAUUGGGUUACCCCAGGUGGACAAGAGCGAGUUGAAGUACCUAUAGAUCAGCUAACACAUCCCGUUUUACACAUAAAAGAAGAAAAUGAUGUAGAUGUUCCAUUACCAACUGAUCAAGAUGAAUAUACUGCAAUGCGACCAUGGCCAUGCGAUUUCUGCUCACGGCGGUUCCGUAAAAAAGCCGCCUUGAUGAACCACAUGGUUGCACAUCAGAAUGAUAGACCACACGCUUGUAAUCUUUGCGGCGUACGAUAUGUUCGAAAAUGUGAUCUUAUGAAUCAUCUGAAGGUGCAUGCUUAUGUACCUGAAGAUGCAGAUGAAAUGGAUUUUGUUUCAGAAGAUGUAGAAAAAAACCAAAAUGUUAAACCAAAGAAAAAAAGGGGAAGGAGAAAAAAGAAUUCAGAAACAAUUGAGAACGGUUGGGAGAACAUGACGUCAGCGCGCACGCAGCAGUGGUCACGACGAGCACGAAGUCCUCCCCGGCCGCCUCCCACGCCGCCCUCUCCGCCUACCGCCCCCUCUCCCGUCACGCCGCCCCCGCGCCCCGCGCACGCCGCACACCCGACGCCGCCCGCUGACCCCUCCCGCCCCUUCGUGUGCAGACACUGUGGGAUCGGUUUCGCGAGGGAGAAGGCUCUGCAAUCACAUGCGAGGGUGCACGGCGGUGAUUCCCCGGUGGAGUGCGGCGAGUGCGGCGAGCUGUGCUGGUCCCGCGAAGCCCUCGCCUCACACACUCGACAUCGUCACCCGCACGUCGAUCCCCAACGCGCGCUAACGCCUGAACUGAAAUACGAGGCCGACUCAGGAGACGAUAUGGAUUACCAGUUGUCACCUGCAUCUGUUAGCGAAGGUCGAGGUGGUGGAUCUACGGGAAGACCAGUAUACGACACCAUUCGAGGUCCAGAAUUGUUUUGUCCGGAUUGCGGCGUUGCUUUCCAGCGAGCUGAUUUACUCCGACGGCACGUUGCUGCGGCCCACAGUUACAAGCGACACGAGAACUCCGGCUCGUGGGCGGAGCACACGUGCGAAGUGUGCGGCGCCGCGUGCACGGAUGCCUUGCAGCUAUUGGCGCACGCCGAGCUGCACGCCGACCGCGACCGCGACCUGCCCCCACACAACAAUAGAGUGAAACGCACGUCUAAAGGCAGAAGUAAUGCGUCUUCGUCAAACAUCGCUCGGCAGUUUCCAUGUAGAGAAUGCGGGAAAGUGUUUGGAUCCCGCAGCUCGCAGCAGAUUCACAUCCGAAUUCACACAGGGGAGAGACCUUACGCGUGUCGAUUCUGUUGGAAAGCCUUUGCUGAUGGUGGUACUUUACGAAAACACGAGAGAAUACAUACAGGCGAGAAACCUUAUGCGUGCGCUGUGUGCCCUCGCGCUUUCAACCAAAGAGUUGUGCUUCGUGAACAUGUUCGAUCGCAUCAUUCGGCGCCGGACAGAUGUACUAACGGUGGACCCGCAUAUAUAUGUGUUGUUUGCGGUCGGACUCUGCACUCUAGCAACGAACUCGUACAACAUCUCAUACAGCAUUGUGAUGCAAAUACAGCCAUGAAAAGGCAACCACAGUCUGGACCUCGAAAGUAUAAGCGGAGACGGAAAAUGAGCAUGGACUCUUCUCCCGUGCACAACUGGGAGAGCAGCUCCCCGCCGCCCGCCUCCCCGCCCCCCUCUCCGCCGCCGCCCGACUCGCCCCCGCCCCGCGCCUCCCGGCCGCGCCGCACCAGGCUCGCCCACGCGCGCCGCACCAAGCGUCAGAUGAGAUCGCGCCGAACUCCGCGUCAUCCGGCCGACGAUUUGCGUGAGAUAGCAAGAUCGCCGUCGCCGGUCACUCCGCGGACGCCGGAGCCGAUGUCGCCGGAGCCGCCGCCGCCGUCCGCUCCCGCCGACGAAUCCAGACUCUUCAAAUGCGAGAUGUGCUCGCUAGAAUUCGCGCGACGCGAUGAUCUUCUCCUGCACGUACCAGUACAUAUAUGACGAUCGAAAAAGUAAUGAAUUCCACGUAAUUCAACAAUGAAUGAAGAGUUCGUAAUUACUAGUGACUUUAAUUUAAUAUGCAGUUUCGAAAAGGGCACACGUCGCAUAUUUUGUCAAAUACGUUUUUUCGUAUACAUGUCGACGCUUGAAAGGCAAACAUGACUAAUCGACAAUGCGUGAACUUUACAGUAGACUAAUUUAAAGUUGAAAUACCUGAAAAAAAAUUUUUUUAACGAAUCUAGCUGUAGGAUUGAAAUUAUUUUAAUAGACCUAGAAAUAUAUAUUUUUUGUGCAUCGAAUAUGGUAAUUGCCUAUCAUUUAUGUACAAAGCAGUUAUUGUCGCUUAGUCACGUUUGCCUUUCGAUCGUCGAUGUAGUUUUGAGGCUUACCUACACCCAUUUUAUAAUAAUUCCAGUAAUUUUAAAAUUCUUAAUAAUACUAAAAUAUAUCUCAAAAGUUAAUAUUUUAAAUUUUACACUACUUUAGAAAAUAAACAGUUUUUUUUCAUUUCCUGAACAUUUUACAUUUUGUGCCCUUUUCGAAAUUGAAUAUUCAAUUGAAUAAUUACUCGAGUAAUUGUAAAAAUCUUGCGGAGAUGAUUAAUUUGGAAAAACAUUGGAAACUUGACAUCACAAAGGAUCGAAAUUACGAAAAUUUGAGGGGGUAAAAGGCGUUGGUUUUUAGCCAGAGCACGAUGACUGUGAAACAGUAUAAAAACUAAGAGACUAUUAUUAAAUUAAUUAUGUGAACAUACCAUUUAGUUUUAAAUGCUUUCUGAGUGGUUGUGCGUGUUACGAUAUUUUGCACUUGGUGUCCGCUGAAUCUCCUUGUUGCGUUUAAAAAUAAAGCCGUAUACAAUUAGUAAAUACAGUUUUGUAUCUUAACGUGUUUAAAAUUGUAAUUAAAAUUUUCAGAAAAAAUAAACAAUUUUAUUUAAAAUGGUGACAGUUUUAACUUUUUAACUGCAAUUUGACAAAAUUAAAUGGUUAUUUCAUUUUAGUUUUAAAUUUUGUACUUUCUUGUAUAUUGUUUUAUGUAAAUAAUGUGUACAUAUAAAAAUAUAACUCAUUUGGAUAUAUCAAGGCUACAUUGUGAAUGACUAAUUACUCUACUGUAUUAGGAUCGAUGUGUAGCUAGCUAUAGAUAGCAAUAUCGAAAACAGUCAGAUCUAGAAAUUGUAUUAUCAUAUUUUAAAGUACUGUUUAUUUUAUGUACAUACUUUUUUAUACUUUCUGAUAAUUCUAAUAGAUAAUGCCUUUUCACGAAGGCGACGAAGAAGUUAUGAACUACUUAGAGAACUGCUGAAGAUGACACAAUAAUAUCAUUAAUCAUUAAAAUUUUAAAAUUUUAUUAUGAAUUUACAAUUUCAUUGGAAUGAUUUAAUACAUCAAUAAAAUUAAAAUGUGAAGAAAAAUCAAACGUCAUGAAAUCCAGAGCGAUUACCUACAGGUAACUAAAUUUGACUAAGAGGUUUGCUUUUAUAGCUUUAAAUAACGUCAGGCUUCACUUGAGCACUAAAGCAAAAUAGUUAUUUGGGUAGAAUACUCAAAUUAAAUGACAGUCAAACGGCAGCCUAAAAUUAGUGAACCUAGGUCAUUACUUCCUAGAGGUUCUCUGAGUACAUAUUAUUAUAAUUAACGGACGGACAAUUGUAAGAGGGACGUGUAGGCUUAUGAAAUGCAUUCUAUUAACACUGCUAAUUAUGAGGCUUAAAUAUUUUUUGCAAAAGAAACUAAUAUUUUUAUUGGAUUUAUUUUUCGUGUGCGAUUUUUGUUGUAGAGCUUAAUAUGUUAAAUAAGAAAUAGGCAAGUUGACUGAAUAUCUUUAAUGCCUCGUAAAUAGCGAAUCAAGGGAAUCGAAAUAAAAGAUUGUUCAGAAAUAAAGAAGUUGUAAGCGUUUUCAUUUCAAACUAGACAGAACAAACUAUAUCAAUAUUAGACGAGACAUAUUAGGUGAGAAACCUUGCUUAUGACAAAAUUCUAUAAUGCUUUCUAUUCAAGGAAAUUUUUAGCAAACUAAAACCCAAACCUAGCUUAUAACCUAAACUUUUAAACGCUUAUAGUAUCUCUGAACUCGAGUUUUGUUUGUCCUCCAUACCUUUCUAAAUCUUUCAUCGGAAUGUGAUGAAAAUUGGUAAAAUUUUUGUUCGCGCUGUAGAAAAUGUUUCUGUCGUAUUAUCAUAGGAGAGUAUAUGGCACUCCAGUAAUUCCAAAAAAUCUAUGUUUAUCAUACUAUUUGGGGUAGUACCCAGUAUAGUAGUAUUAGUGGGUGAAACCCAGAAUACCGAAGCGUAUUCUGGGUUUCACCAGUUAAUACUUUUUUAAUAGCUGAAUCCAUUAUCUUUGGAUCUAUGAUUUCGUUGCAGAGGUUCUCAACAGAGGCUUCAAAUCGUUGAUUUUCGGGUAUUAUAAAAAGUCGCAUUCGGUUUCGUAAACAUUUUUAAAGGGAAAACGUGUGUUUUUUCACUAUCCGAGAAACAACAUUGUCGCGACAGAAGAUAAAACGUUAAUUAAGUCACCUCGUGAAAUUUAAAAACAGACUUAUCUAGUUUUCAUAUACAGAGGGUAGAUUGACUUUUUAAAUAUGUUCGUCUUCUUGCCUAAACUACCUUCCUCCAAGUAUGUUUUAGGAAUACCGGCUCUAAAGCUGAUGCGUUAGUCGCAGUGGUAACGAUUAGGUACGUGGUAGUCGAUCGUCAAACUGUUUUGAUUUUUCUCCCUCAGAAUGAUAGUUUACGACAUAAUAAGUACUUUGCAGCGAAGCUGGGAUGGUUCUCUAACAUAUUCUAAAUGCUAAUCGCCUAUCUUAUUUAAUUAUACAUAUUCUUGAUGGACUACUCAUCACAUAAUAUUAUUCAUAUGCUACUGUCAUCAUUUGAGUUUGUUUCAAGGAUUAUAUGACUACUAUUAUUUAGCAGCAAAAAGCUAGGCAUUCAUUGAAUAAUGUUUUUUUUUAAUUUUAUAUCUGCGUGAAUAAAAACAAACUGAAAUUAAUUAGAUACUUAAUUCAGUAGAAAAUAUUAACAACAAUCUUAUGUAUAUGUAGAUUUAUAAUUUUUGUUCAAUCAGUUUUUCUAUAUUAUGUUCUGAAAUCAACUGCUAUGUGCAAUACAUUCCCCUCGAGGCACAUUAAAUUUUUAUGUAAGUAGUAAUAAGAAAGCUUUAUUCUUCGAUAGUUACUGACUGUUAAAACUUUGUACAAUAAUAAUUAUUGAAAAAUAAAAUAAUUGAGUAUGUA